CAAAAUGUCGCUGUCAUGAGCACAAAAUUUUGAAAAUUUUAUCAUUUUUUGCAAAUAACUUCGCCCGUACUCAGAAAAUGAAAAAACAAACAAAACUGUGUCUGACUUUAAUAUGGAUUGUACUUUCAUAUGCCUUUGGGAUAUGCCUAUUCACAACAGGCUUCCUUUUAAAGAGGAUAGUAGUCGAGAAAAAUAGUUCUUGCAAAGUUGAUUUUUCUAGCCACAACGAUGUGUCGAAAAAUGGGUCAUGUUGGAUGGCUCAAAGCUACAGUAAAGCAGUUUUGAUUGUUAUAGAUGCCCUAAGAUUCGAUUUUAUGAAGUACAAUGCUUCUCUCCAACUGAACAGUUUACUGCCGUACCAGAACAGGAUGAAAACUGUUCACAAAUUAUUACACAAAUACCCGUACAACUCAAAACUCUAUAAAUUUAUAGCUGAUCCUCCUACCACUACAAUGCAACGACUAAAAGGAUUAACAACAGUUGAUAAUGGCAUCCUAAAGAGGUUACUUCCCGAACUGAGACGAAGAGACAGUGACUUAUUGAUUGCACAUUUCCUUGGAGUUGAUCACUGUGGUCACAAAUAUGGACCAAACCAUCAAGCUAUGGGUGAUAAGCUGGAUCAGAUGGAUGAGAUGAUAAGAUCUGUUGUGGCUGAAUUAGACGAGGAUACAAUUUUAUUUGUACUUGGGGACCAUGGUAUGACAAGAACAGGGGACCAUGGGGGAGAUAGUAAUGACGAAGUUGAUGCAGCCUUGUUCAUAUACAGCCCUUCAAAGAUAACCACAUCCCCAUACACAAAUAAGGAACUGACUAUAUCCCAGAUAGAUCUUGUCCCAACAAUCUCCCUGCUCUUAGGCUCAGCAAUCCCAUACUCCAACCUUGGCACAAUAGUGGAGGAUCUCUUUAACCAUAAUCCCAAGUCGACUGGGUCAUCCUCCAGAAUAAAUCAACUGUUCCAUGUAGUCAAAGCUCUACGUCUGAAUGCUUAUCAGAUAGAAACCUAUCUUCAAACCUAUGCAAAUUUGUCUUCUGAACUUCCUUACAAGAAGUUUGCCGAGCUUCAAACAUCAUUCAACUCAUUGGAGAAUGAGUUUCAAUCCUUAGUGACUAGAAUCUCACAUCAAACUGGAACAGAGCAAAAAUACAUAAAGGAGUUUGAAAUCAUAAGAAAAGGAUAUGUGGACUAUUUACAGGGGUGUAAAGAAAUGUGCCGGGAUGUUUGGGCAAAGUUUGACGUGCAUGCAAUGCUCUUAGGAAUUAUUCUUGUAUGUGGUGCAAUUGCAAUAUCAAUAUACAUGUUUAAAACAGACAUGUAUGGAACAAUGGAUUUUAAACCAAUAUACAUCCUGAUGGCUAUGUCAAUUUGGAUGAUAAUAUUUUUCACAUUCCAUGCCUUCAACAAAACAAUGACUUCGAUCUUUAUAGCGUCACUAAUAUUUGAAUGUAGCGUUAUUCUCAUAGUUGGAUAUAUUUUGUAUGCAAUCACCAAGGAUCAAUCGACAACUGAUGUAAAAAGUACAAAAGUGAAGCAUUCAUUUGAGAACAUAUUCGCUAGCUUAUGUGUAGCCUUUUACUGUCUUGGAUCAUUUUCAAACAGUUUUGUGGUAUAUGAAGAUUCAGUUGUUACAUACCUAGCACAGACCAUGACAUGGGUAUACUUUAUGAAAAUCUCAAGCAAUGUUAUUAGGAAAUCCCUAAAAGUAAAAGACUCCAACAGCAAGAAACACAAAAUUGAACUUAAGAAAAUGUUAUCAUCACCAGUGGUUAUAACUUUGAUCUUAACAUUAGGAUGUUGUAUCUGUUUGAAACUUGCUGGUUAUUUUAGAGCGUGUCGUGAGGAACAGUCGAUCUGCGAACCAUCAUAUUUCCUCCAGUCCAUCUCAAGCCUCCCUUCGAAUAUGAACCAGUACAAGAACUUGCGUUAUAUUCUAAGUGUGUGCUCAGUGGGAGGUCUUGUGCUUGGGUGUCGCUCAUGGCUGAGGCACUAUGGCAACAUGAAUGGGUUCUCCCCUGCAGUCUUGUGUGUCAGCUAUGGUCUACCUCUCAGUGCAAUAUGUGUCUCCCUCUAUUGGGCCCUCCAGGGACUUCCCGAGAAACUUCUGGACAAACUUCCAGGGUGGCAAGUGACAUUGUUACCACGUAUUGUAUACACCUUGACUCUUACCAGUUUAGGGGUGCUGUAUUUGAAACCUCUGUUGAUCUAUGUGCGACAUAGGGACACCCAAACGGACCCUGGACUGCCUUUAUCUAACACCGAUGAAGACUUAGUGCCAAAAAUGUUCAACCAUUUGAAAACUAACUGGAAGACACAUCUAACAACCCACAAUCACAACAGGGAGAGCAACAAAAUCCCUGAAGAUACUUUUCAGGUCACUGAGAAGCCACCACCAAUGGUGUAUGGAUUAGCUACAGUGUAUUCAUCAGUGUUGUUGUUCCUGACAACUAUAGCUGCUGUACUGUGUGUGAUGUUGUUACGUGAUGGACUUGCCCCAAGUAUUACGCUCACUGUUCUCUCCAUGGUUCUAUUCCUAGAGCUGCACUCAUGUAAAGAACAGUCUGAUACUUCUGUUACAGGAAGAAGACACUUUGUUACAUGGUCAUGUGUUUCUACAUGGGGUCUCCUCUCUACCUGCUUCUUCUACACAACUGGUCACCAGGCAACUGUUACUACGCUCCAAUGGGGUGCAGCAUGGACUGGUUUCCAUGGUGACAUCACCAAUCAUACAAUUCCAGCAAUAUUACUAACCAUCAAUACAUUCGCAUCUCAAAUUCUGUUCACAAUUGGACUUUCGUUAAUUUUAUUCUGGCCAUAUGUACGAGGUCAUGUGAUCCAUGCAUUCCAAACUCAGAAAGAGGCUAAGAUAACUGACAAGGGUGAAUUCACAGCCAAUGAAGACACUGAUGCUCUUCAUGUCGGAGCCUUUAAGUUGGUGCUUGGAUAUUCUCUGUUCCAUGGGAUAAAGUUAUUGUCAACUAUGUGUACUGCAGCAGUAUUAAGGCGCCAUCUAAUGGUGUGGAAGAUCUUUGCUCCAAGAUACGUCUAUGAAGGUGCCUCGUUUCUUCUCAUAUCGACACUUUUGAUUAUCAUGUUUGGAUUUAUUCAGCGACUAGAUACUAAAGUGACAGAAUGGGUAGAAACAUUGGAAAAGAAAAACUAGAUUUUGUAGGAAUUCUGUUAUAGGGAUUUUUAAGAUAUUUAGAGACUUGGAGGAAUGAUUGGAAUGAAGAAUAAGAAAAUUUAACUAAACAUGAAAUGGAGAGAUUAACCAGAGGGACAUUUUGAAUGAGAAUUAUCUCAAUAUGUAUCCUAGUGUUUUUCAUAAUGAUUCUAUUGCUCAGGGGUAGAUAAUGUUUUAAGAUUGAUUGAUUUGGAGGCCUACAAGCAAAAAUGAAAAGAAACAUUAUUAUGAAUUCAGAUGAUUUUUACCAUCAUAGAAAAUUAUAGUGAUUGGCCACUUAUUUAAUAAAUGCCAAAAUAGUAAUAAUAUAACAUGUCCAUAAAAUAUAGUGUAUUUGUUGAUUGUUGCGGAUAAUGUAGAGGGGGCCUGUAGAGUAACCAUUUGAGUAGCGAUAUAGAGAAUCUAUUUAUCCAUCCAUUCAUUUGUUUGUCCCAGUGAUAACCAAAAUACCAGUUGACAGAUUUGA